AUGGCAGUACACCGCAUUGGUAUCGUCAAGAACAAGAAAUCCAAUGUUGCACUAGCUCAGCGGCGGGAAGUUGCACAGCUUCUUGCUGAUGGCAAGGAGGAGAAGGCGCGCAUUCGGGUGGAGGGCAUCAUUCGCGAUGACUUUACAAUAGAAGGUUACGAGGUUCUGGAGCUAUUGUGCGAACUAUUAGCGGAGCGAGCGAAUUUGAUCAAAACUGAAGCUGACUGUCCGCACGAUAUGCGUGAGGCUGUGUGCACCCUCAUAUGGUCGGCAAGUCGCACAGAAAUCCCGGAACUGGCCGAAGUUAAAAAGCAGUUUAUUAAAAAGUACGGACACGAUUUUGAGGCUGCUGCGAUUCGCAACAUUGGCGGCUGUGUCAACGAACGUGUGGUCCAGAAACUUAGCGUGCAGCCACCAAGCGCAUAUCUCGUGAUUAAUUAUAUGAAGGAAAUUGCGAAAGAAUUUAAGGUUGAUUGGGUACCGGAAGAGGUACCGGACCCGUUUGCACCGAUUCCACCACCAACCGGUGUGACUGUCAUGAAAGCAGCUGUCUCCGGGCCUGACUUUGCUGCACUUUACACAUCAGCCUCGCCAUCUUAUAUGCCCUCUCUUUCUUCCAGCAAACGUAUUGAGGAAACGGUUGGUUCUGCACCUGUGGAUGCUUCUCUAUCUAGGCGAAGUGUGAAUACCUAUACCAACCAGCCAGCUCAUUAUUACACCCAGCCGUUCUCUUUGGCACAUAACGAUGAAUAUCCUUUGCAGACAACGUCGCUGGCAUCGUAUACCGAAGAUUCAGCUGCAGCCUCGACAACAACUGCUGCUGCAUCAAUUUCGUCUUCAACGCCAGCGACGGGUGUCAAUGACUCUACGCCAGAUUCUCUAUCUAGGCGAAGUGUGAAUACCUAUACCAACCAGCCAGCUCAUUAUUUCACCCAGCCUUUCACUUCAGCACAUAAUGAUGAAUAUUCUUUGCAGACAACAUCGCUGGCAGCCUCGUCGUGUAACGAAGAUUCCACUGCAGCCUCGACAACAAUUGCUGCUGCAUCAAUUUCGUCUUCAACGCCAGCGACGGGUGUCAAUGACUCAACCCCAGAUUUCGAUGAACUUACUGCACGCUUUGAAAGGCUUCGUAAGCGCCAAGAUCGGGACGACCAAAAUAAUACAUCAUUUACAUUUUGA